UCAAGAUGGCGGCUGACAGUGAGCCCGAGUCCGAGGUGUUUGAGAUCACAGACUUCACUACUGCCUCGGAGUGGGAAAGGUUUAUUUCUAAAGUUGAAGAAGUCUUGAAUGACUGGAAACUGAUUGGAAACUCAGUGGGAAGGUCACUUGAAAAGGUCAGACUAUUUGCUGGUGUAUCUCAAUUGGUAUUUAAUUUGAAAUCUCUAUUUUUAAUCCCUUUUCUGCACUUGGCACAUUUGAAUUAAAUGUUUA